UGUUAUUUAUCAAAAUAUUUACUUGUUGAGGUUAAGGUUAAUAAUAACUGUGGCUCUCUAAUUACGGAAGUAAAUGUCGUAUUAAGUUAAAUACGACAUUUAAAUUUAUUAUCGAAUCGGUCAAUUUACGAAGGAAGCAUGCCGGGCCCAGUAGAACACCGGAGUGUUACACCGCUAGUAAAUUUUAUUCGAGAUAUUUGUCGAGGUAAUAAAAUUAUACUGCCCCAUAGGUACGCCGAUGACCAAUCCAAGCGUACUCAACCUCCACCGAAUAUACCGGGUGGUCCAUACCACAAAACUUCGCAAAUUUAUUAUUACACUCGAGAUGCAAGACGAGAAGUUAAGCCGCCGGUAUUAAUUGGUGGAAUAAAACAAAUUGAUUCAGGGAAGGCAUCUGUUGCCGAAAAGAAAUUUAUUACUCCGGGGAAAACCUAUAAUGGGAGUUCUUAACUUCUCAGAAUCAAGCUAACUAUUAGUGUUAUGUUACAAACAUACUGAUGUAUAUAUAACAUUGUUCAAUUAGUUUGCUUAGCUAUUGUAUAUAGAAAAUAAAUUAAAUUGCUUUCA